AUGCCUAUUAAUCAACCAUCUAAUCAGAUAAAGUUGACCAAUGUGUCACUUGUCCGUAUGAAAAAAGGUAAAAAAAGAUUUGAAAUCGCAUGUUAUCAGAACAAGGUUCAAGAUUGGAGAUCAAAUGUUGAAAAAGAUAUAGAUGAAGUUUUGCAGAUACCUCAAGUGUUUCUAAAUGUAUCAAAAGGACAAGUCGCACCAAAUGAAGACCUUCAAAAAAGUUUUGGCUCUACAGAUACAGAUAAAAUUAUUUUAGAAAUAUUACAAAAAGGUGAAAUUCAAUUAAGUGAAAAAGAAAGACAAGCUAAAGGUAAUCAAAUACAAGCUGAAACUUUGCAAUUGAUUUCAACUAAAUGUAUCAAUCCAAAAUCCAAAAAAAGAUAUCCACCAACCAUGAUUCAAAAAGCUUUAGCAGAAUUGAAGUUCAACACAGUGACUACAAAAACUGCAAAACUACAGGCAUUGGAAGCUAUUAAAUUAUUAGUGGCUAAACAAAUAAUACCUAUUGUUAGAGCUAAAAUGAAAAUUAAGGUUUUAUUAGAGUCUAAAGAUGCAAAGAAAUUGAAUGAAAAAAUUAAACCACUUUUAGGUGAUAUUGAGAGUGAAGACUCCGGUAAAUUUUGGGAAGUUGUUUCAUACAUUGACCCUGUGAACUAUAGGGAACUUGUUGAAAUUGUUGGCAACUAUAAAUCUGGUCAAUUGGAAGUUUUGGACAUGGCAGUUAUUGACGAAUCAGAAAAAUAA